AUGGUAGCCCACACCUUCUCUGAGCCACUACCUAUACCCCACGUUCUCCUCCCAACUGUGUAUUCCAUGAUCUGGCUGGUGCUUCCAGCCAACAUCUCUGAGUACCUGCUGUAGCACUGACCCUUUGGGGCCUUCAACCACUACAGCAUUUUCUCCAGCAUCCACUUCCUAGUUGUGAUAAGUGUGGACUACUACUUAGUGGUGCUGCCACUGUCCAAUCCCAUGGAUUGCCUAUGUACCCGGAGAGGGACAAAAGUUGCCAGCCUUUGCAUUUGGCUGGGUAUCACCAUCAUGGGUCUGCCCUUCUUCUUUGCCCAUGUCUACAGCAAUGAGUUAUAGGCCUGGUUCCUAGCCAGCCACAUUUAUACAUUGGUUUUGGGCUUUGCAGUGCCUGAGAACAUCGUCUGCAUGUUAUAUGUGGAUCUACUGCCCAGAUUGCAUAGCAUGAGACUCCACUCAGGUGCUAAGGUUCUGGGGAAGGCCAAGAGGAAGGUAACUGUCCUGGUCCCCACUGUGUUGACUGUGUGCCUUCUUUGCUGACCGCCCUUUUACCUGGCCUCUGUUGUGUCUCUGACUACAGACAUGGUCAUUGGCAUCUUGUAUGCUAUUAAGCUCAGCUAUGCCAAGUCAUGCCUCAAUCCUUUCUUGUAUGCCAUCCUAGAUGACAACUUCUACAAGAAUUUAUGCACCAUAGUCCUAUGUCAGGAGGCCUGA